CCCCGGGUAAACGUGUGGGUGCAUGGGAUUCACCUCCCGGCUGUGUGCUCUUCUGCGGGACCCGGGGCAGACACAGCCUCUCCAGGCCUCGGUUUCCCCUUCUGUGGACUGCGUGGUCCUGGCCCUGUCGUGAGGCUAAAACGGGGUGCAUCUGCGGUAUCGCUGAGGAAGCUGGUGGUGCUCCUGUGUGUGCGGCCGCUUGACGCACACUUAUUAAGCACCUACUGUGUGCCAGGCGGGUUUGGAGCAGUUGGGGAGCCGGUGACGGAACAGCGGGUCCUGCAGGGAGUAGCUCAUGGGGGCGGGGAAGUCAUCCAGCCCGGGUGUCACAGGGGAACAGGUUUCCCCCCCUCUGGGACCCCACCCGCAAUGAGGGACCGCGGGCUCGCAGCAGGCAGCAGCCGCAGCGCCCUCCGGGAGUCCGGGUGGGAAGCGACCGUUGGGAUGCCCCUCCCCGUCCCGGCCUCACCCUCACCCUCACCCUGGGGGUACCUUGAACAUAACAGGAAAUUUCAAAUAACAGGAAACCAAGACCGGGCAAGGCGAGCGGCUCCACCCUGCCUGGGGCGAACCACCCCGGGCCUCAGUCUGCCCCCGGGGACCGCGAUGAACGCCACGGGGGCCCCGACCGAGGCCCCCGAGUCCUGCCAGCUGCUGGCGGCCAUCGGGCACAGCCGGCUCAUCGUCUUGCAUUACAACCACUCUGGCCGGCUGGCGGGGCGGGGCGGGCCCGAGGAGGGCGGCCUGGGGGUGCUGCGCGGGCUCUUCGUGGCUGUGAGCUGCCUGGUGGUGCUGGAGAACCUGCUGGUGCUGGUGGCCAUCGCCAGCCGCAUGCGCUCCCGCCGCUGGGUGUAUUACUGCCUGGUGAAUAUCACGCUCAGCGACCUGCUCACGGGCGCCGCGUACCUGGCCAACGUGCUGCUGUCCGGGGCGCGCACCUUCCGCCUGGCGCCGGCCCAGUGGUUCCUGCGCGAGGGCCUGCUCUUCAUGGCGCUGGCCGCCUCCACCUUCAGCUUGCUCUUCACGGCGGGCGAGCGCUUCGCCACCAUGGUGCGGCCGGUGGCUGAGAACGGGGCCACCAAGAGAGGCCGCGUGUGCAGCUUCAUCGGACUCUGCUGGCUGCUGGCAGCCCUGCUGGGCCUGCUGCCUCUGCUGGGAUGGAACUGCGUCUGCGCCUUCCAGCGCUGCUCCAGCCUGCUCCCGCUCUACUCCAAGGGCUACAUCCUCUUCUGCGUGGUGGUCUUCGCCUGCAUCCUGGCCACCAUCAUGGUGCUCUACGGAGCCAUCUUCCGAGUGGUGCGCUCCAACGGGCAGAAGGCCCCGUGCACCCCGGCCCGCCGCAAGGCUCAGCGGCUGCUCAAGACGGUGCUUAUGAUCCUGGUGGCUUUCGUGGUGUGCUGGGGCCCCCUCUUCGGCCUGCUGCUGGCCGACAUCUUUGGCUCCAACGUCUGGGCUCAGGAGUACCUGCGGGGCAUGGACUGGAUCCUGGCGCUGGCCGUGCUCAACUCCGCGGUCAACCCGGUCAUCUACUCCUUCCGCAGCCGGGAGGUGUGCCGGGCCGUGCUGGGCUUCCUCUGCUGUGCGUGUCUCCGGUUGGGACUGCGAGGGCCUGGGGACUGCCUGGCCCGGGCUGCCGAGGCCCAAUCCGUCGCCUCCACCACCGACAGCUCGCUGAGGCCGAGGGACAGCUUUCGGGGCUCCCGCUCGCACAGCUUCCGGAUGCGGGAGCCCCUGUCCAGUAUCUCCAGCGUACGGAGCAUCUGAGCCCACUGUUGGGGCAGUGGUCCAGCUGCCGGGUGCACGCCCGGGCGCGCAGGGAUGCAGCAGCAGGCAGGCUGGAUGCAGAGGAAGGAAGAGGGCAGCCGGGGGCAUGCGUCCCAGGGCCUUGCAGUCCUCCCCGAAGCCUCCUGAGGCUGCUGACGCCGAGUGGAUUUCCCACGGUCUCCGUGGGGCAGGAGGCAACAGGAGGAAUAGAGAGCGCGCUGGAAUAGGGAUGAAUGGGUUUGCUGUGUACGCAGCCCCCCUCCUGUGAGAUUCUGAGGAAAUCCCAGCCCCACAGUGGGCCUCAGUGGGGCUCCCAGGCUGCCAGGGCUAGGCUGGGUAGGGGGGUGUCUAUGCCCCGGCAACGCGAGAGUUCAAUGAUGGGAUGAGAUGCUGCAGGCCCUUAUUCACAUGUGGCAUCAGGGUGAUGGGAUGAGGGCUGUGGGUCUGCUGGAGCUGUGCCUGCAGCACAGGGAGGGCCACGACACCCGCCCCUUCCUGUUCACUUCCCCUUUCCCUGCCCUAUCUCUCAUCUUGGGUCCUGGGCGGCCUCCUUCCCCCACCUCUGGCCUCUGCAUCUCUUAGGACUCAGUCUGGAGACCAGCAGAGGGGGAGCCGACUGGCCCUCCUGACCUCGGGGAAAUCUCACCCACUUCUCCCUUUAGCACUACCUGCCUCUUCCUUCCCCAUCUGUGAAAUGGGCCUAUAGCAGACGGAACCCACCACGGGAGGCGGUCGGUACUCGCUCAGUGUUUUUUGCCAUGGCGCGUGGCAUCAGUGUGUUGACAAAACAUUCAGCGACGGUGGAAAUGUUCUACAUCUGUGCUGCCAGUGUGGGACCCUCAUGUGGCUACUGAGCCCUCGAUAAGUGGCCUGUGCGACUGAAGACUGAACUUGGAAUUCCUUUGCAUUUAGACAGUUCACAGGACUUGCGGCAAUGGUAUGGGACAGCGCCGCAGGGGUCCACCCUCCGGGUGUAGCCACCUUUGGCUGGUAGAAAGUGCUCUCUUUCCAUCUUCCUAGCCAAGAAAAUGUCCGCAGGUCUUUCUGCCUCCGUCUUGCCAAGUUCUUGGGUCAGCAUCCCGUCUGCCACUCUGGAUGGGAUAGCUCCGUUCUGAGCCUCCGUUUCUCCCCUGCAGGAUGGGGGAUGCAGCGAUGGGAAACUGUUUACUGCGCUGUUUCAAUAAAGCAGCCAUUAGCCACACGUGGGUAUGUAAAAUUAAUUAAAAUGAAUUUUAAAAAUUCAG